CCCGCCAGCCCGCGCGGCCGCCCGCAGCUCCCAGCCCCGCCGGACGGGGAAAUACAAGCGGCAGCGGCUGAGGGAGGGCGCGGGUGCCGGCGCUGGACGGGCUGCGCCGGGGAGCAGCGCUGCGGCUGAAAGUUGAAGAUGGCAGAGCCUGAAAGCACAGUCAUAAACACAGACGUGGAACAGAAAGACCCUAGUGAGGCACUGGUCAUUGCAGUGACCACCAGAGCCAUCUUCAACCUGGAAAAGGAGCACAAGCUUUACUUGGAGAAGGGCAAGGAGGAGUACACAAGGCACCAGCAGGCCAACCAGGACACACCCCUGUCACCAGGCACAGCUUUUGCCUUCAUCCAGGCAGCGCAGUAUGUGAAUGAGAAGAUCCUGGAGAGGAGCCCAGUGGAGAAGGACCUCUUUGACAUCCUGGUGCUCUCCAACAACAGCCCAGAGAGCGGCAUGCGCAUCAUCAACAGCACCAAGCACUACGGCUUGAAGAUCUCCAAGUUCUGCUUUGUCAGCAAUGAGGACUCCACGCAGUACCUGAAGUCCCACAAUGUCAAGCUCUUCCUUUCAGCUGACAGGACAGAUGUCUGCAAUGCCCUCCGGAGAGGAGUCUCAGCAGCACUCGUCUUCCAGCAGGAGGUGGAGGCCCCCAGCACCCCACUCCGUGUGGUGUUCGACGGGGACGCCGUGCUCUUCUCCGAUGAGACAGACCAGGUCUUCCAGAAGCAGGGGCUGGAAGGGGCAGUGCAGUACGAGCAGGCAAUGGAGGCUGUGCCCAUGGGAGAGGGUCCCUUGAAGGCUUUUGCCAUGCACCUUGGGAAGAUGCGCAAGAAGUUCAGCCAGGAGGAAUCCCCCAUCCGCACCUACCUGGUGACCGCCCGCAGCGGCCGGGACAUGGGCAUCCGAGCCAUCAAGACGCUCCGGGAAUGGGGUCUGGCCAUUGAUGAGGCUUUUUUCAUGGAUGGAGCUCCCAAGGGCCCCAUCCUUGCCCAGAUCCAGCCCCACAUUUUCUUUGACGACAGCCUUCAUAACAUCCAGGGAGCUCAAGACAUGGGUGUACCCUCUGCCUGGGUCCCUUCCUGCUGCUGAUGGGCUGUAGGCCAGCAGACCUUUCUCCCAGCAGCACAGAGGACUGGGACAUUUGAAGGCCAACCUUCUAUUGGGGAGGGAAGGAUUUCCUGACCUGCAGCAAGCAAAUUUCCCCUUCAGGAAAAGUAGGAAAGGCACUGCAUGAGAGCACAGACUACCAGGCAAGACUUGAUGCUCAUUUCUGCUCCUAAUACACAGUCUCACAGGUCUUAGGAUAAAGCCAAAAAAUGCAGCUACUCCAGAAAGAAAGGACAUCUUUGCUGUGGCAUUGAGGGCCAUUGCCUACAUACCCAGUGGGACCCAGGGACUUUUCUGCAGAGAAACAAAUGAAGCUAUUGCUCCACACAUGAGCUGAAGUAUGAAACCAAGCACUAAAAAUGUUAGCUUUGGCUGUGCUCAGACAGUCUCCAAGAUCUAUUCCCAGGACCUCUGUCCAAAGGAAGCCCUUAAGACCUUACCUCAGCAGACACAUUCAGCUUGGUUUCCUGAGGAGACUGAUGCGCUAGCAAGUCAUUCAGGCAGCUCCAACCAAACUCAGCAGAGGGAGAAAGACUUCAAAGUUGUAGAAAACCUACAAGCGUUUUAGAAAUGGGUAACCAGGUUGAAGAAAGAAAGCACAAGCAGUUUCCCCUUGCAGAAGAUAAUAUAGCACAAGUCACCUUUCUUUAGGAAUGCAGACUGCUCACAAAGUAUCCUUAGGAGACCCAGACCUGUAAGACACUCAGCCCCUGGAGCUGCAAGACAUGGGCUGCAACCCAGGUCCAUCCAGCAGACAGAGCUACCAUGUAGCUCUGAUCACAGAAUGACAGAAUCUCAGGGGUUGGAAGGGACCUCGAAAGAUCAUCUAGUCCAACCCCCCUGCCAGAGCAGGGCCACCUAGACUACAUCACACAAGAACUUGUCCAGGCGGGUUUUGAAUGUCCCCAGCAGAGGAGACUCCACAACCUCUCUGGGCAGCCUGUUCCAGUGCUCUGUCACUCUCACAGUAAAGAAGUUCUUCCUGAUACUGACGUGGAACCUCCUAUGGUCCAGUUUGCACCCAUUGUCCCUUGUCCUAUCACUGGACAUCACUGAAAAAAGCCUGGCUCCAUCCUCCUGACACUCACCCUUAAUGUAUUUGUAAACAUUGAUGAGGUUUCCCCCUCAGUCUCCUCCAAGCUAAAGAGACUCAGCUUCCUCAGCCUUUCUUCAUAAGGGAGAUGUUCUACUCCCUUAAUCAUCUUCGUGGCUCUGUGCUGGACUCUUAUCAAGCAGUCCCCUGUCCUUCUUGAACUGAGGGGCCCACACCUGAUGUCUCACCAGGAGAGAGGACUGGAGGUGGGCUGCCUGCAGUACAAGCCAUAUAGGGCCCUGGGGUGCAGACCAGCACCCUAGGGACUAGGGCAGGACUGAUUGCCCAAGUCUGAGCUUAAAUGGGUCUUCAGGACUGGGUGGAGGACAUGGGUGGGGGGUCCCAGGUGCAGCUGCUUAGGGCAGAUGGGCUCUGCGGGUGUGCUCAGGACCCUGCCUGGCACAAAGCCACUUGGUGUGCAGGAAUGCUUCUCUGGCAAUUUGGUCUAUGCUUCUAAUUUUCCUGGGGAGGAAGAGGCCCCCAGGAUUCAUUUGCAGGUUUCUUUUCCAAGAGCUGCACGUGAGCAGUUGCCACUAGAGGCCACUGUGCUCCCUGGGGACACAGCACCCCAAAUCCUUGGGAGCUUCCCAGAACAACCUCAUAAAAAACACAGAUUAGCUGCUGAGGGCAAUGCUUGCUGAGUGGCAACGGAAUUGUGGACGGAGGAGGCGAAGAUGAUGGUGGUUUAGGUUUUUUUUAAUCUCAGUGUGACCAGAAGGUAUUUUUUUAAAGGCUUCACAAGUGUUGCUCUCACCAGUGUUGUUUUGCCCCCAGUAAAUGAAAAAAUAAACAUCUCUGUGU